CGGCGGCGGCGGAGUAGCAGCGGGACCAGACUCCCUAGUAGCUCAGGCGCUGCCCUGCGCCGGCCCUGGCAGGGAGCCUGGUGAGAUGGUGGAGGAAGCUGUGCCGUGGCGGGCCUUGCCACGUCCUGCUGCCUGGGAAAGAGAACAACCACCACGUUUUGCUCAACCUGGGACAUUUGAAUUUGAGUAUGCAUCUCGAUGGAAGGCUCUUGAUGAAAUGGAAAAGCAGCAGCGUGAGCAGGUUGAUAGAAACAUCAGAGAAGCCAAAGAGAAACUGGAGGCAGAAAUGGAAGCAGCUAGGCAUGAACACCAAUUAAUGCUAAUGAGGCAAGAUCUAAUGAGGCAUCAAGAAGAACUCAGAUGCUUGGAAGAACUCAGAAAUCAAGAGUUGCAGAGGGUGGAGCCAAGAUGGCCGAAUAGGAACAGCUCCAUUCUACAGCUCCCAGCAUGAGCGACGCAGAAGACGAAUGAUUUCUGCAUUUCCAACUGAGCAAUACGUUGAAAUUCUUGUUGCAUCGCAUCUUGGCCAGCAUUUGUUUUUGUCAGUGUUUCGGAUCGUCACCAUUCUAAGAGAACAGGAAAUGAGAAUGGGUGAUAUGGGUCCCCGUGGAGCAAUAAACAUGGGAGAUGCGUUUAGCCCAGCCCCUGCUGGUAACCAAGGUCCUCCUCCAGUGAUGGGUAUGAAUAUGAACAACAGAGCAACUAUACCUGGCCCACCAAUGGGUCCUGGUCCUGCCAUGGGACCAGAAGGAGCCGCAAAUAUGGGAACUCCAAUGAUGCCAGAUAAUGGAGCAGUGCACAAUGACAGAUUUCCUCAAGGACCGCCAUCUCAGAUGGGUUCACCUAUGGGGAGUAGAACAGGUUCUGAAACCCCUCAAGCACCAAUGACUGGUGUAGGUCCUGUGAGUGGUGGUCCUGGUGGCUUUGGUAGAGGAAGUCAAGGGGGCAACUUUGAAGGCCCUAAUAAGCGUCGUAGAUAUUAAACAUUCGUUCAUUCCUGGCUAUCUAGAAAAAAAAAAAAGUCAGUGGUAUGCCUUUAUACUUUUACCUGUUAUCUGGAAGAAAUGGUUUUAUUGUUAAUGUAUGUAGACUUAAAAGUUUUUUUUUUUUGUAAAACUUGAGGUUUUUGUAUUUUUCUUUAUUCGUGAGCUUUGUAGAUUAGAAUGGUAAUGAUGCUCAUCAUUUUGAAUGUUGAAAUGUGUUUGUGACUUUAGCUAAAUAUAAGUAUUCCAUAGUACUGUGAAAUCUAUGUAGUUACUUAAUCUCAAUAAAGAAAUCAUUUUGGAUAAUUUAAA